UCACUUGAUGUCAGACUCCCUAAGAUGGGAACAACCGAGGCUAAAGUUGACUUGCAAGGACCUGAGAUUAAAGGAGGGAAAACAGAGAUGCCAUCAAUAGAUAUUUCUCUACCAAAAGGUAAAUCCAAGGGUGAGGUAGACAUAGAGGGAAAGGGAGGCAAGUUCAAAAUGCCUUCAUGUAAUAUACAUCUUCCAAAAAUGAAGUUGUCUGAGGGAGAAGUUGUUUUGAAGGGACCUGAAAUCAACGGUGGAAAGAUUGAGAUGCCUACUGUCGAUAUCUCUGUUCCCCAAGGAAAAGAAGAGGGAGAUCUGGAUAUUGGUGGCAGUGAAGUGAAAGGAGGCAAUUUCAACAUGCCCUCUUUAGACAUUUCUCUCCCAAAAAGUAAGCUACUUGAGGGAGACAUGAAGCUAGAAUGUCCUGAAAUUCCAAAUGUUGACUUUUCACUCCCCAAGGCAAAUGUGGAGGGCAACAUAGAGCUUGAGGGCAGUGAUGUUAGCGGAGACAGGUUCAAGAUGCCAGCUUUUGACAUCUCAUUCCCAAAGAGGAAAAAAAAGGAGGGAGAGGUUGAUAUUGAAAGACCUGAAGUCAAAGGAGGGACAAAGUUCAACAUGCCAUCACUCUCUGACAUCUCUCCUCCCGCUAUGAAAUCACCCUCGGUUGAUAUCUCUAUUCCAAAGGGAAAAGUAGAGGGUGACAUAGAAACCAAAGGUAAAAGAGAACAUUUUCAUAUUCCCUCAAUUGAUGUUUCUCUCCCUGAAAUAAAAUCAAAACGAGGUGACAUCAACAUUGAGGGACCAGAAAUUAAAGGUGGUGGAAUUAAAAUGCCAACGAUUGACAUUUCAACCCCUCAAGGAUCAUUAGAAGGUGAUAUCACUGUCGAGGGUGAAGGAAAAGAAGGCAAGUUCAGCCUGCCGUCAGUAGACAUCACCCUCCCUGCAGUAAAAUACCCUGAAGGAGAUGUGAAUUUUCAAGGGCCGAAAGUUAAGGGUUGGAAAUAUGAAAUGCCAAAAGUCGACCUCUCGCUUCCUAAAGGAAAAGUACAGGGAGACAUUGAUAUCGACAUUCGGUCUGGAAAAGAUGGGAACAUUGAAAUACCAUCCUAUCAUACAGGACUUCCUAAAGGAAAAUUCAAAGGUCCUGAGCUUAAGGGAGGAAAAAUCCACAUGCCAGACAUUGACUUGUCACUCCCCAAAGGAAAAAUGGAAAAGCCAACUAUUGAUAUUUCACUUUCAAAAGGAAAACUAGCAGGAGAUGUUGACAUUGAUGGGCAUGGUGGUAAAGGAGGCAAGUUUCACAUGCCUUCACUUGAUAUCUCUAUUCCUAAAAUCAAAGCAAAGGGAGUUGAAGUCAAAGGGGAUAUGUCAAUCCCUAAUAUUAAGUCUCCAGAGGUAGAUUUCAGCCUUGAGGGUCCUGAUGUUAAAGGAGGAAAGGUCAACAUACCAACUGUUGACAUUUCACUUCCCAAAGGAAAAGUUAAGGGUGACAUAAAUGUUGAAGGUCUUGAGUUGAAAGGAGGGAAAUUCAAAAUGCCGAAAAUUGAUGUAUCUCUGCCAAAAGUGAAUCUCCCAGAGGGUGAUGUCAAAAUAAAAGGCCCAGGCAUCAAGGGAGGAAAGAUUGAAAUGCCAGACAUUGACCUGUCACUACCCAAAGGAAAAGCAAAAGGAGAAAUAGACAUUGGCGGACAUGCUGGAAAAGGAGGCAAGUUCCAUAUGCCCUCUGUUGAUAUUUCUCUUCCAAAAUUGAAAGCAAAGGGAGUUGAUGUCAGUAUUGAAGGUCCUGACCUGAAGGGAGGAAAGAACAAUAUGCCAAACAUUGACCUGUCACUCCCCAAAGGAAAUGCUGAUCUCAGUAUUGAGGGUCCUGAGGUAAAAGGAGGCAAAUUCAAAAUGCCCAAAUUUGAUGUUUCACUUCCAAAGAUGAACCUGGUGGAAGGCAGUGUCAAAGUGGAAGGCCCAGAGAUGAACACCAGUGGCCCUGAAGCAUCAGGAGAUUUGAAGAUGGCUGGUCUCAAACAAGAUAUUAAUCCAGCCAGUUUAAAAGUUAAGGGUGUGGACAUUGAGACAGGUGGUACAGAAGGCCCAGGUGCAUCCCUCAAACUUCCCAAUGUCAAAUUACCAACAGUUGACAUCUCAGCUCCAAGGGUGGAUCUAGACUUUGGCCUCACCAAACCUAAAGGUGACGAUGUGGAAGUGGAGCUCCUGAAAGCAGAGGGAGGCAGGCCUUCUUCAGGGGGGAGAUUUGAUCUACCUGAUGUCUCCCUUAAAGUCCCAAGUUUAUCUCUUCCCAGGUUUGGUGGAAAGUCCAAGAGUGGUGUUUUGGUGAUAUCUGGCCCCAAGGGGGAUGUUUCCCUCAGUGCACCACAUGUGGAAGGAGAGAUUAGGGCACCAUCAGUGGAGUUUGAUGGGGAUGGAAAGGUCAAGGUAAAAAAAACUAAAAUCAAAAUGCCCUUAUUUGGUGUAUCCAAAAAGCAUGCAGAAGUAUCUGUGUCUUCUCCUGAUGUGGAUGUUAAAGUAACAAAAGGGGAAAUUGGCAUUUCUAAGCCAGAAGUCAAUCUUGGGAGCCCAGAUGAUAAAUCAAAAUACAAAGUGAAAUUUCCAAAGUUUAAAAUGUCAUCACCAAAAGGUCAACUCUCAGAAGGAGAGGUUGAUGCAAAACUAGAGGGAAAUGUGGAAGGAAAAGGUGGCUUCCAUGCACCUGACGUAACUGUCAAACUACCAAAAUUCUCUAUGGCAGGAUUUGGCUCUAAAGAAAAAGAGUUAGGUAAGCCAAGUGGUUACCUUGAGUCUAAGGCCAAAGUUAAAAUGCCCUCAGUUGAACUGUUGCUACCAGCAGCUAAAACACCAGAUAAUGAGGUUCUCCUCCCCAAAGCAGAGGUUGAUGUCUCAGAGGCUGACAUCAGAGGUUAUGAGGGAAACCUCAAAAUUCCCAAAAUGCCAACAAUUGAUGUUUCCAUUCCCAAAAUAGACCUAGAUGUGUCCCUGCCAAAAGUAAAGCAUGAUGCAAAGGUUGAUGAACAAGGAGGAAAAUUCAAGAUGCCAGACAUAAAGAUACCUGACAUUGACUUCUCCUUUCCUAAAGGUAAAACAGGUGAAAUUGAUGGAGGUCACAUUGGAGUCAAUGCAGAGGGAGGAAAAAUGAAAAUGUCUCACAUGAAAAUGUCAGAUGUUGACAUCUCUCUACCUAAAGGAAAGAUUGAAGGUCCAGAGAUGGAGAUCAAAGGAGAAGGUGGAAAAUUCAAAAUGCCACAUUUCAGCAUGCCCUCUGUUGAUAUUUCACUGCCAAAAGGAAAGACUGAGGGUCCAGACAUUGAAAUGGAGGGAGGCACUGGAGGAAAAUUCAAAAUGCCUCACAUGAAAAUGCCAGAUGUUGACAUUUCUCUACCUAAAGGAAAGAUUGAGGGUCCAGAGAUGGAGAUCAAAGGACAAGGUGGACAAUUCAAGAUGCCACAUCUCAGCAUGCCCUCUGUUGAUAUUUCCCUUCCAAAAGGAAAGAUUGAAGGUCCAGAGAUUGAAAUUGAGGGAGGUACUGGAGGAAAAUUCAAAAUGCCUCACAUGAAAAUGCCCAGCAUCGACAUCUCUCUACCUAAAGGAAAGAUUGAAGGUCCAGAUGUUGAAAUUGAGGGAAGUACUGGAGGAAAGUUGAAAAUGCCUCACUUAAAAAUGCCAGAUGUUGACAUCUCUCUGCCCAAAGGGAACAUUGAGGGCCCAGAGAAGAAGAUCAAAGGAGACGGUGGAAAAUUUAAGAUGCCACAUUUCAGCAUACCCUCUGUUGAUAUUUCACUGCCAAAAGGAACGAUUGAGGGUCCAGACAUUGAAAUGGAGGGAGGUACCGGAGGGAAGUUCAAAAUGCCUCACGCGAAAAUGCCCAAAAUUGAUGUCUCUCAUCCCAAAGGAAAGAUUGAAGUUCCAGAUGUCGAAAUGGAGGGAGGUACAGGAGGAAAGUUCAAAUUGCCUCAUUGGAAAAUGCCAGAUUUUUACAUCUCUCUGCCCAAAGGAAAGAUUGAAGGCCCAGACACUGAAAUAGAGGGAGGCACAGGAGGAAAGUUCAAGAUGCCAAAAGUGGACAUAUCUCUUCCAAAACGAAAACCUUCAGUUGAAGGUCCAGAGUUAGAUAUUGGGGGACACUUUAAAAUGCCUAAUGUGGGCAUAUCUAUCCCUAAAGGAAAAGAAAGUAUUGACAUACCAGAGGAGAAAAUGGCAUCAGAUGGAGGAACCAUCCAACUGCCACAUGUCAAUGUGCCCAAAGUUGAUAUUUCACUUCCUAAAGGUAAAAGUAAAGCUAUUGAAGCAACUGCUAUAGAGAUGGAAGUCACAGGAGGAAAGUUCGUAGGCCCACAUAUUAAACUUCCAAAGGAAGGUGUAUCAGUGCUAAAGAAUAAAUCAGGUGAAGGGGAGAUCAACUUAUCAACAGCUGAGGCAGGAGGGAAAGUUAAAGUGCCACAGGUCCCAUCACUAGAUCUGGACAUCGAUGUGAGACUUGAUAAACCUAAACAAGACACAGAGGCUCAUGGGGAAGCUGAUUUACAUGUUAAGGGAGAGCACAAAGCUCUGAAACUCAAGAUGCCAACAAUAGAUAUCAAAGGUCCAAAAGGAGACCUGGAACUUGAUAUAGGACUUAAUAGAGGAGAGGGCAAUAAGGACAGGAAAAAAAUUGAACUUCCUGACUUGGACCUCAACACAACAGGAACCAACAGCAAAGUAAAGGGGUCUAAAGUCAAAGGAACAAAAUUCAAGAUUGGAAUGCCAAAAAAGAAAACUGGCAGAGACGUAACAGCCGAAGCAAAAAUAUGCAAAAACUGUGGUGAUGAAGAGAUAGGUGGUAAAACCAAACAUAGAUGCAUGGGAAAAGAAAGAUUUGAAUAUGAUGUUAAACUUGAAACUCACAACGGACAUAAAGAGAACAAAGAUCGUAUUAACAUCCCAGUGCCAGAGGUUACAUUACCAACCAAACAAGGUUCAGCGGAAUUAGGAACCGGGGGGGAGGGUAGCCUCUCGUCAUCCAGAGGAGAUAGUAAAGUCCCCCGGAUUCCAGACAUAGAGUUUGAUAUUACUACAUCACCUGAUAAAUAUGAGGACACAACAGAAAAAGGGAAGAAAAUCAAAAUCCCAAAGUUUGGUGUCGCAUUACCCUCCAUGUCCUCUCCUGAGGGGAAAAUAAAUAUCUUUGGGCCAGAAAUUCAGUAUGAGGGCCCUAAAAUGCCCAAAGUAAAGAAAGCUGUUUUUGUCUUGGUAAAUCCUCCUCAAACAGGUGACCAUGCUGCAUGCACAGGCCUCCAAGAAAAGGAGACAACACCUGGGGCUGAAAAAGAGGAUGUCAAAGUGAAGAUGCCCAAAAUCAAAAUGAAGCCAAGCUUUGGGAAGCCCAAAGACAACGCAGCCGCUUUGUCAUUUUCUCCUUGCAAAUCAGGGUCGUUUGAUGUCAAUCUAAGGGGCAAAGGUUCCACUUCAAGUCUAAAUGCUGAAAAAGAUGCAUGUCCUCUCAAGUCCUCCAAUGGCGCAAAAGGGACUUCCAGUGGCAAAAUUAAAUUUCCAAAGGUGGAGUUAACCUCUCCAUAUGGCAAGAUGGCUGCAGAGGGGGAGGACACUGAAAUGAGUUUGAAACUGGGAAAGGAUUCAUCACCAGGAGAAGUGGAGGGAGACACUAAAGGGCUUCAAGUACAAUCAGGCAAGAUGGCCGUCGCUGGUUUUAGUGAGGAGCUCUCAAAGGAUGUGGUGUCAUCUCGUGCCAGAACAGAUAUGCUGGACAGAGACAGCUCAGAGUCCCCUGCUAGUUUUACCAUGGAGUUCAGCUCAGCAAAGGUCCAAUCUUGGAGCAAGGUCGAGAGCCACAGCAGAGAGUCUGAAGAAAGAGAGUCUUCCCCCUGGUUCAAGGUCCCAAAGUUCACCCUGAAGCCACACUCCACAGGCUUCCUUCAGAUAACCCCGGAGGGUUCUCCUCAGGCCCAGCGGAAGGGGGAGGUGGGAGGUGAGGCCGACGUGUUAGGGUCUUUCUGCCUCCACACCUCAGGGCUUGACUUCACCACCCAGGACGUCUCUGAAGAGAACCAAGUCUGCUCCACCGAGGAUGGAACUGUCACUAUGGUUACUAAGACCACCAGGAUCACCCGGCACAUGGUUACCAGCGAAGCGCAAACAGGUGAAUCUUCAGCAACCACGACGACAACACACCAAGUGUCGGACUUCAAGCACUGAGGAUGCUGUGAUAAUAUCUUAAAUGUCUUUACAUUUUCUUGUUUUUCUUUGGUGAGGUUGCAGUGUUCUUGUAUGCUAAGCCUGCAACGUGGCAAACUACAAUUAAGUAAAAGUCUUUAUUUUAUAUUUUAAUAGGUGAGGUUGAAGCAACAGAGUAAUAUAUAUAUCCUUCCUUUUUUCAUUUUAAAUGUGAUAAUUUUUUGUUACUGUUCUUUGACUUUUGUUAGUUUAGUCGUAACUAUUUAUCGGAUUUUGUUUGGUUUUAAGGUUUUCACUCUGAAUGUAAAAAUGUCACAUUGCUUUUAUUUAAUGUUGUUUGUGUGUUCAAAAUGUGCUGGCAUGAGUCAUUUAUCCACAUCAGCAUCAUGGAUUUGACGAUAAUAUGUUCAUUUUGGACCAGUGCAGGCCAGAGUAAUAUUCAUGUAAAUAAAACUUUUUUGAAGCAGUAUCCCUUCAAUCCGAAAUGUAAUUAUUUUCAUAUUCACCAGAGUCAGGAGAGGAAAUUAUAUUUUUUGACCUGAUAAUCUAUUUUGUUUGUCUUGAAGGAAAAGUGUGAGCUUUUUGAGAUUUAGGCAAUUCUCAUUUUUCUGCCAUAGCUUAAUAUUUGAAGCGUUUAGCUGGUGCUGUUAACUAGAAAUAGUCAUAGUGAGAACGCAGUACACUCUGGACUCUUGUUUUCUGCUGUGGGGAUCAAACCUGUGACCUUUUGGUUACAGGUUGCUCUCAAACAUUUACUGUAGGCCACCCUGCUGCUAAUCUAUUUAUAUUCAUGUUUUACACUGUACACCAGUGUACCAGACAAAGACACCACUGUAUAUUUUGUGAUUGAGAUAUAGCUUUAAGAUAGACCUUCUGGCUGAUGCUGAUGUCUCGAAACUCAGCUGUGAUCUACAGUACGUUGAGUUUCAAAACAAAUCAACAGCAAACUGGGAAGAGAAUGGGGGGUUUUUUAGGCAUAUUGUUGGGCGCUUUAACAAAAUCAGGGAGAGGAGUUUUAAAGGUAAAACUGUAAACCUUUUUUCUCUUGACACUUAAAAGUAGCUCUCUAAGAAUGAUGUUACUAUGAGGCUGCUACAAUGACAGACUGGCUAAUGAGUGGCAAGCCUUGAUGUUCAAACGCCACGUUCAAAAGGCAUGUUUUCCUUUGGCUGAAAAUGUCUUUAAUAAUCUGACAUUCUUCUCUUAAUUGAAUAUUACUGACAAUAUUACAGAAUAAAAUUGGAUAUUAAAAUGUCAGAAUAAUUAAAAGCAAUUUAAUUAUCCCUUGUUUUUCAAAAAGAGUGUCCUCAAUUUUAAAGUAUCAAUUGCUUUAUUGUUAAAUGGAGGGGGGGAGGCUUUGUGGGGGAGGCUUUCUUCUGCUUUAGAUAUUGACUUUAUUGUCUCUACAUUGAGACAUUUAAGUUUCAUUCUCAAAUGCAGUACCCACCAUUUGAGAAACAUGGCUACUGUUUCUGGAAUGAAAUGAACACUCCUGAUUUUAUUCACCACUCAUAGCCAUUUCCUUACAAGAGAACACAGGAUGCAACCAUCGGAUUUUUUCAAAAUAUUGAGCUACUUUUCAAGUGGAUGUAAAGCGUUUAAGAAUGGAAACUUUUACUUUACUUGGUUAGUAUAUGGUAGAAGAAAUUCUGACAAAUUACUCCCACACUUUUUUCAUUAACAUUUAACACUAUGCCUGUUUAUCAGGAGAGAAAUAGUUGUAGAUUU